AAGGUAAUUAUAUUCAAACAUUACAAUAUAUUCAAAAUCACAAAUGGUAUUUGUUUCAUGGUUAGAAACGAAAUAUUUAUAAUUUCUUACUUUAUUUACAUUUGCCCCCUUUUCUGCAUUAGGUCUCAGAAAUUGUUGAGAAGCUUCCUGCAGCCUGAAAUGACAGAGAGCACUGUAAAAAGGACACCCCUAUUUUAUGCCUAAAGAAUAUUGCUUAAUAGGUAUUAAUCUGAAGAAAUAUAUUGUACGGUAAGGCUUUUGACAGACUACCAACCUUCUGAACACCCAGAGAGCAUUUAAUUUUUGUCUGAUCACAAGAACCUAAUGUCACUGCACAUGCUACAAUGGAAACUCUAAGACAAAUACAAAGCUUUGGCAUCUGUGUUACCCGUACGUAUCCCGUAGUGUCUGGUGUGGUGUUCACUGCUCUUCUAGUUUCUUGCUGCUCAUCUCUGACCAUAAGAGCUCGUCCACUUGUUCGUAAUUCACCUUUUGUUUCUAUCUGGAAUGCUCCUACAGAACUUUGUACUGAAAGGACUGGAGUGCAGGUGGACAUGAAUUUUUUUCCUUUCAUUGGAAGCACACUGAAGACAUCCAUUGGGCAAAACAUCACACUCUUCUAUCCAGACAGGCUUGGCUACUACCCUUACAAAAAUGAAGUCACAGGAGAGGCAUUCAAUGGAGGACUUCCUCAACUCUCACUGCUGGAGAAUCAUUUAAGAAAAGCCAAAGAGGACAUCCAGUUCUACAUUCCUUCAGAUGAACAGCUUGGAUUGGCUGUCAUUGACUGGGAAAACUGGAGACCCGUGUGGAUAAGGAACUGGGGAUCAAAAGACAUUUAUAGACAGGAAUCCAUUGAACUGGUUCAGCAGAGAGACCUCAGUCUAUCUGAGGCCGAAGCCAGAACUAUAGCUAAAAUGGAAUUUGAAGCUGCAGCAAAAUCAUUCAUGUUGGAAACUUUGAAGCUGGGCAUAGAAAUGAAGCCAAAUCGUCUGUGGGGAUAUUACCUUUAUCCAGACUGUUAUAACUAUGAUUACAAACAAAACCCACAUAAUUAUACAGGAGCCUGUUUAGAUAUUGAAAUAGAAAGAAAUAAUGAGCUUAAUUGGUUAUGGAAGAAAAGUACAGCACUUUAUCCAUCUGUCUAUCUAGAGACAGCUUUAAGAUCCUCCAGAAAUGCCCAGCUCUUUGUUCGCAACAGAGUUCAAGAAGCCAUUAGAACUUCCUAUGUCUCUAAUUCUACUCAUCCCCUUCCAGUUUUUGUAUAUACACGUCCAGUAUUCACAGACGUCUAUGAGGAAUAUCUCUCUGAGGAUGACCUGGUAAAUACCAUUGGAGAAUCUGCUGCACUGGGUGUUUCUGGAAUUGUGAUCUGGGGUGAUAUGAAUUUAACACAAAAUAAGAAUACCUGUAGAAUUCUGGACAACUACCUCAGAAAGACUUUGACCCCAUACCUCAUCAACGUCACAAUGGCAGCCAGAAUCUGUAGCCAAGUGUUAUGCCAAGACUCUGGUGCUUGUGCACGGAAAAAAUGGAAUUCCAGUGACUAUCUUCACUUGAACCCUGAGAAUAUUGUAAUUCAAAUGACAAAGGAUGGGAAAUACAGUCUGCAAGGGCAACCAUCAUUUCAGGAUCUGCAAACAUUGAUAGAAAAAUUUGAUUGCCACUGUUAUGCAGGGCACAGCUGUGAACCUAGAGCUGAUAUCAAUGACAUCCAUUACCUCCAUGCUUGCAUUUCAGAAGAUACUUGCAUUCAGACAUCCCCAAAUUCCUUUUCUAACAUAGAAGCCUCUGAAGAAAAGAUCCUGUCUAACAGAACUGCAUUUUCAUUUGCCUCUGAGAGUAAGGUUGUUGGUCAUAACAGAGGUGCAGAAAAAUAGAUGAAGCCUUUAGACUUAACAUGGAGAAAUAGUGUUUUAUGGCUUUUGAACAGCAAGUUAUCAAGAGGAUGUGACAAUUUUCUCAUCCCAGUUACGGUGAUAAGUCCACGAGUCAAAGCUAUUUCUGCCAUUAAUGUUUCAAGUGGAAUCACAAAUAUAAAUAUAUAUAUAUAUAUGUAACAGACUGCUCAGCAGAAAAGAAUCCAGCUGGUUUUGAUCACCUUUGUCAAAACAUGCUUUUUCACUGGAAACAUGACUGGUAAUAUCUUAGCAAAACUUUCAUGACUUAUAUGAAGUUUGAUUUUUUUCAGAAUGCCUUACCAUGGCUAAGAUUUUAUGCUGGCACACAGAGUUCUAGUUUAAAGGCUGUGCAAUUUUGUUAAAUGUCUGGCAAAGCUUCCUGAGAUCAGGCUUGUUUCUAUCCAGAGCUCUGAAAGACACUGGAUCUAUAGCACUUUGUGCUAAGACCACUUGCAGGUUCGCAAAAUCUACAAGUCUUGCCGUAAAUAUUUUCAUUAUCAGCCAAGUAAUAGCAAGCAAAACACUUGUGAUGGAGAAAGCAGGAAAUCACCAGAAAAGAAAGAAUGAGAAGUUAAAAUCACAGAAGAGAUGAAACAGAGCACCCAGGACCACCUAGUGGACACAGAGGAAGUUAACUGCAAAACCGAGAGUGAAGCUGUGGAGAUAGACCAGUCUCUUCCCAUUCAGCAGUUUUUAUCUACCAAGUACUUAAUGUUAAAAACCUUUCCCCAAGGCUCACUGUAAAGAUAACAGAACACAAUAACUGAUAUGUUAGACCUACUCAUCUAAUCCCAUCUCUUUUUUUUUUUUUGAGAGC